CGUACAGUAUCAACUGUGGCUCCCUGUGACCUGUUUGUCUGCAGGAUUAAUUAAGAUAACAUAUUUAAACAGGGAUGGACACGGCCCGAUAUUUAUUCUACAUACGGUAGAAAUGACAAAGAGUGGCAGCAGCCAUUACGGGAUGAGAAGAGAGGCUCCCUGGGCCUCGGAGGUCUCUGUCGCGGUAUGUUCCGAGAACAGCGCGACCACACGGACCAUGAGCCAUUUACCCCAACUCGGCAAGACCGUAAAACUGAAACUCUCCCAACCGGAUGGCAGACCUGCGUACGCUUACGUUACACCCCUCGGACCCUCAACAACCGGGACAGAGCAGAGAUUCAUUUUCGAACCACUUCAGGCAAAGAGAAGGCUGGAGCUGGAAGGCGGUGCCCCCCAGGACUCUCAGGAUGGUGGCUGGACCGCCCAAGCCAAGAAGCCAAUGGCCUCUCAGUCCCACACAGAAGGAAAGGCUCCCACCUCCAAUCCCGUAACACACAAGGCCCUGUAUGAGAAGUCGCGCUUCGACACAUCGCUGGGUUUCUUGACACGGAGGUUUGCAGACUUGUUGAGCCGCUCUGCUGAAGGAGUUCUGGACCUGAACCACGUGGCCCAGCAGCUCAACGCCCCGAAGAGACGCGUCUAUGACGUCACCAAUGUCCUGGAAGGAAUCCAACUCAUCAAAAAGAAGUCUAAAAACGUGAUCGAGUGGUUGGGGGGUCAAGUGAACGUGGAGCUGGAUCAAGAGCUGAAGGCUCUGGUGGAGGAGGAGACGAGGCUGGACGAGCUGAUCCAAAGCUGCACGCGGCAGGUUCACCAGAUGUGUGAGAACCAGAACAGUCAGAGAUUUGCCUAUUUGACUUACGAAGACGUCCAAAGGAUCCCCAGCCUAAAAGAACAGACUGUGAUCGUGAUCAAAGCUCCUGUAGAUACAACGCUGGAGGUGCCACACCCAGAAGAGAGCCUUCAGGUCCACCUCAGCAGCACACAGGGCCCCAUAGAAGUGUUCCUGUGCUCCGACGACCCCGUCCCUAUGGAAGCCACAGACAGCUCUGUGACCAACGGUGCCAAUGGCUGCCACUUUAACUCGCCCACCAAUGGAAACAGCUCCGCCCCCCUCGUGCCUUAUUCCUCCUUCGUCCAGGUGUCUUCCAAAGACGACGCUAACGGUACUUCUGGGAUCAUUAGUAUCUCCGACCCGCUGCCCGAGCAGACACAACACUCAUCACCAGUAACUGUCACCCCCGCCUCCCCCAUGCACACCUCCCUCCAACCCCCCUCCGAAGAUCACCAGAGCUUUGUCACCCUCACACCACCUUUAGCUUUCUCUCUCGAUGGGGAGGAGUACCUGGUGAGCCUGGCCGAGGACGAGGGCAUCACUGACCUCUUCUCCUCUGUCGACCUGGACCAAUUACCCCUGGAUAUGCCCCCUCUCUGAACAGCUGUUGUGGAAAUUCAAUAAUUUUGGGCACCAUCUGUUCACAAACCGGAUAUCGAGGGGAUUCAAUAAAAGUGCUGAUUGGAAUAGGAGUUUUAUAUUUGCCUAUCCUGGACCAUGCUACUGGGAUUUACUGACACUCAGGUAUGUGGAGGACUGAGAUCUUUUUAUGGCUUCCUUAUUGUCUUUGGGACUUGGACUGACAUGUAAGCUGAUAUGCAAAACACUUUGUUUAAGAGCUUUAAUCAGUUGCAUUGUUGGGUGUCCUUAAGUGUCCUUCUCAAAGGUCUGAGCAUUGCUGUCUCUACACCGGACUUAUUCUUGACCACUGACCAUGUCGAUGGAAAUAUGACAUUUUGUAAUAUGAUCACAAAAGAGCCUUCACAACAAAGCGCUAUUAUUUAGACACCCAGUUAGUGUCAAGAAGUGUUGAUUAAAAGCGUAAAAAUGCAAAGAA